AUGCCCAUCGGCGAGCGGUGCCUGGUGCGGGUCCAGCCGACGUACGCGUACCUGCACCCGAGUUGCGCCCGUCCCCCGCCCCUCGGGGUGGACGUCGAGGAUGACAUCUGGCUCGACGUCGAGUCGGUUCGAGCGUCCAGCUGUGCGACCCGGAUACGAAUCGACGCGACUCGGACACGAACGGACGGGGCACGAGGACAGACGGGGGACAAGGACGGAUACCCACAAGAACCGCCGCCCGUCGUGCACAAGACGGUGACGAGGGAGGGCGAGGGUUGGGAGAGCCCGAGGCCGCCGUUCGAGGUCGUCCUCGAGCUCGUCGGCCGCGUGUGCGCACCGGCCGGACCAAACGAGGAGGGACCAAACGCGUCGUCCGUGUUCGCGCCGAGGACGCGCGUCCGGUGCGUCAGCGGGGACGGGACGCUGCCCGCGCCCCUCUCCGCCGCGGUGGACACCAUGAGGGUGGGCGAGCGAUCGACGGUGUGGUGCGAGCCCGGCGCAUACCUCGAAGACUUUGUGGUGUGCAACCGCCGCGUGCCCGCCGCCGGCGUCGCCGCCGGGGUGGAGUUUGAGUUGGCGCUGGAGUCCAUGGUCCACGUGCGGGAUCUCUUCGGCGACGGCGUCGUAUUCAAGCGCAGGGAGAAGGAGGGCGCGGGGGAGUUCCCCGCGGACUGCCCCGUGCACGACUGCGCGUGCUCUGUUCACUUCUCCGUCCGCGUCUGUCCGUCCGGGGGCGGUUUUAGCGGCGGUUUUUCCGACACAGCUGGCGCCAUUAAUUACGACACAGCUGGCGCCGACCCCACGGUGGUGUACGACACCCGGGACGCGCUGGGCGAGCCCCUGCAGUUUCAGCUCGGAUGCGGAACCCUUCCGGAGGCGCUGGAGACGUCGUUCAGGCUCGCCGUGCCGGGGGAGGUUUUCCGCGUCGUCCUGAACGACGCGACGCAUCCGAGGCACGGAUACGUCGGGGGGGACCAGCCCGGCGCAUCCGCGGUUUUCGCGGCUUUGGCCGAGUUCACCGGGGAUCCAAAAGAGAGCUCUCUCGCGCUGGAGUUUGUCGCCGAGCUCGUGAGCUUCGACAGGCCCGUCAACUGGCACCGCGCGAGCCUUUCGGCGAUGCUCGACGAGGCGAGGAAGCUCAAGGACGAGGGGAACGAGCUGCUCGCGGGGGGCAAGCUGGCGCUGGCGAGGUCCAAGUACGAGAAGACGGUUCGUAACUUGGAGGGUCUGAGGGGUUUGGACCCCGCGGAGCACGAGGCGGUGUACGACCUGAGGCGAAAGACGACGCUGAACCUCGCCGCCGCGCUGCAACGAUCGGGCGAGCACGCCGCCGCCAUCGCGAGGCUCGAGAAGCUUCUGGACGAGGAUCCGGACGACGCCAAGGCACUGUGGCGUCGUUCGGUGUCCUUCCUCGCGACUCACGAACACGCGGCGGCUCGGUCGGAUCUGUCGCGGUGCGCGGAGAUUGACCCGUCCACCGCGGAGGAGGUUCGGGCGCAGCUUCGGAAGGUGGAGCGUAGGGAGAUCGAGGGCGCGGCGAGGGAGCGAGCCGUCGCGGAGAAGGCGCUGGGGUGA